CGGAACGACCAAUAGCACGACCGGCGGCCGUCAUUCCGCUCGUGACUAUGCAGAUGACAGUGGCUGCGCAGUCGGGACGCAGCACGACGCUUGGUUCAUUGUCAUGCAAGCUAGGAAAAAUAGUAGUACUUGUGCCUCAGAUCCCUCGUCAGGAGACCCUCCUAAAACGGUUUUCUGCUUGGAAUUCGAGCAUCCAGACCGUCCAGGGGUCGUGCUCAGAGGGCAAGCGAACAUGGUGAAUGCCGAUAACUUCCAAGGUUUCGAGUACUGCAAGCGCACGAAAUGUGCUCCGGGUGUGGAGCCACCUGCGACGUCUUUGAGCGAAAUUCGACUACGGAAGCAUGAUGACAUGUUCCGAAUCGAAAUCCUACCGAGAUCUUCAGACUCAGACUGUAACGAAAAAUACUUCGUCUUGAAACUAUUGGACACAGAAGUUUCGCACGUGAGACCACAUCCAACUUGUAGUGGGACAUUGUCGUUGGGGCUGUAG